GUUUUAUUGUGUUUCAACACAAAAUAUUUGUUAAGUGUUCGAAAUGGCCGACUUGACAUUUCAGAAUGAUCCUUCAUACAAGAUUCAGGGAGUUCCUGAUGCGAUCAAGAUGAACCAGCUCCAGAACCUGCUGCACGACGCCCUCAUCUCGACGGACCACGUCCAGCAGUGUGCCGUCAUCCACCGCAAGGACUGCAGCGUCCGGGCCAGCUCCAUUGGCUUUAGUUUAUACCCAGACCAAAUUCAAAUGCUGUUAGAUGCAUUUAGAAAUCCUCAACAAACGCGGGAAGAGGGAAUGUAUUUCGCAGACCAGCAAUACAAGUGUGUUAGAGCUGACAAGAACUCAAUAUAUGCAAAAUGUAAUAAAAAUGGCUUAGUACUGGUGAAAACCAUAUCUUUACUCCUUGUUGCAACCUACACAGAAAACAUGUUUGCUGGUGUGUGUGUGGAAGCUGUGGAAAAAUUAGCUGAUUAUUUCAAAGAAAAAGGAAAAUGAUGGACCGACCCUAACAAAGCCCUACAAACUGGACAACAUUGACCUAAGCAAAAUGUAUUCAUUCGUGUUAAUGUAGUUUUAAGACAUUGUUGUUGUUUUUAAAACUGCUGCUUCAUACUAGGAUAAGAUUCCUAUUUGAUAUCUUAUACUAAUGUAGCUAUAAUGCAAGUAUUAUUUUCUAAGUUUACAUCUACUGCAGGGGCAAAGAACAUUUACUCUAGGUAUAGUAAUAAAAAGAGCACCCACAAUAUUCACAGAUACACUAACAUGCAUUAUGUAUGGAAAAACUCUGACAAAACACAAAGCUGACUUGUAAACAUAUUACAUGUUCCCUGCUUAACAAAUAAAUUCAUUGUAUUUAUUUUCUACACACUGAAUUUUUCUGGCCACUUUUAAAUUUGAGGGGUGUGUGCACCACCAUUUCGUGCCCCUAAAUCCACACCUGUAUUGCUGGUCCAUACUUAUAACUAGGCUAAAACUCCUAUUAUUCUAUUUUAAUGUCACUAUUCUACACUACUCAAGUUUCGCUAGCGAUAUUCCAAAUAUAUUUCAUUAUAAUAUAAACAAGUUGUGCACAUCUUAAAUUUGUGUAACAAGAUCAAUGAGACCAUGUGGUUUUGGACAUUCCAUACAUCACCACAGUAGUGAAAAUGGAGUACCUUGGUAUAUAUAUUUGUUAUUUCCUAACUUUACAUCUACUGCUGGCUCAUUCUUAACAAUUAUGGUAGGCUCUAUAAUUCCUAUUAUCAUAUCUCUUCUCAGAAUAAGUCCUACACAGUUAAUUAUUACCUAUAGUCUUAUGUAUAAAUAUGUUCUAUUUUAGAUAUACUUUUCUGCAAUUUGAAUACACAUUGGCCUGUCCACUAAAGGUUUCAUCCUUCGACUCUUCACAUAUCAGUCAUUCUACCAGUUAUAUUCUGCUUCUGCAAACAUAAAAAGAGGCAUAUAAAAGGCCUUAAACAGUUAUGCAUGGAUUAUGGGUUUUUUACAUAUACGAAAGAAGUAUGUAUGUAAGUUUAGUUUACUUGUUAUUUGUUAUUUUAAUACGUUUUCUGUUGAAUAUCCGUCCAAUUUCUCAUUCUAUUCAAACUACUGAACAUUCCAUCCAUUUUAACCUCUUAACAGACCCAGUACUUGUUAAAUUGUUCUUUUUAAUGUUCAUUUAACACCAUUGUGUAUACAUUGUUGCUUUUGCAAGAAGAUACCGUUGAUAAUUAUUAUUGAUUAUAAUAUUACAUGUUUUUUAAUAAAUUAUAUAUAUAUGUAUAGAAGAAUUCUAUUUUAUUUUUCUAAGGAUUCAGUCUUUACGAGACAGGUUCCUUUUGUAAUACUGAAUAAAAGUAGGGCAGUGACCCCAGUAUUCGACCAGUGUAUUUAAUUAAUUACCAUACUGGUUUAAACUGAAUAGUAUAUUGAUUUUCCCAAAGUAUUUAGAACAUACGCUUCAGGGUAAACAUUCUUUCUUCCGGAAACGCAAUAGCAGACAAUAACCAUGUGAAUGAACUUAAGUAUAUAUUCAUCAGCUAUAGUGAUAAUAUGAACGUCGGCCAUUUUUAUUGCAUGCUAUUACACCAUCCAACAUUCCGUGAACAUUUGCAAUACUUUUAAUCCAUUUGAAAUCUUUGAAAAUGUCUUUAAUGUUUUUAUUUAUGAUCAAACAGAGCUGGCAAUACGAUACGUACCAGUCUUUAAUGUACCAGUCUUGGGUAACUGGUUGAGGGGGGGGGGGGGGGGGAGGGGGUUUGAGAGUGAGGGGAAUACAACUGAAGGUGAUUAAUCCUAAGAUCCAGCCACCUUAGCGAGUGCUCUACCACUGAGCCACAUCCCAUCUCCCAAUCAGGAGCCUGCCCCCCCCCCUAAAUUUUGUGACAGUUAUAAUUUUAUUAUAUAUUAAUUUGCUUCUUUUUUUAUGGUGCCCUCCAAAAUUCCACUGGCAAUCUGCCUCAUGUCGUUGGGGGCCCCCCUAAAUAACAUACUGCUGCAUUCGAUAUAUUAGUCUUGGGGCACUGGAUGAAAAAGUCCAUCGUCGAUAUUGAUACUUGGACUCAUUGCACAUCAAUCAAGCAUUCUACCACCUAGGAAAAUUGAAUUAUUAAAAGUUAAGUUUUGUUGGAUAUCACCACUAUAGCACAUUAUUUAAUCAUCGGCUAAUGGAUGUCAAACAUUUGGGGAUUCUAACAGACUUGGGAGGAAACCAGCUACAUUUUUUCCCAUUGGCAGCAAGGAAUCUUCCCACCGACUGAACAGCACAUACUACCACCUUUGAUAUUCCAGUCACUGGUUGGGACAAGGAAAAAACCCAAUCAGUGAAUGGAUCUACCUAAUCACCAUAAUUGUGUCAGUUCAAUAAUAUUGAAUAAGUUACGUCCAGUUUCGUUUUUGAUCAAGUAUAGUUUUUUGCAAACUACCAUAAGAUUGUUGAUGGGGUGGGAAAUAACCCCCGACAUGCUGAAUACUCAAUUUCAUAAAAUUUAAUCCUGUAAAGUAUGUUUUGUUUAACACCACCACUAGAGCACACCGAUUUAAUGAAAAGAAAAAGAAAGAAAUGUUUUAUUUAACGACGCACUCAACAUUUUAUUUUUACGGUUAUAUGGCAUCA